CUCCGCCCCUCUCUCUCUGUCUGCCCCUCUUCAGGAGGAGAGUCAUUCUGGGGUAAGCCCUUCAAAGAUGAGUUCCGUCCCAACCUGUCCCACACGGGACGAGGGGUUCUCAGUAUGGCCAACUCAGGACCCAACACCAACAAGUCCCAGUUCUUCAUCACCUUCCGGUCAUGUCCCUACCUGGACAGGAAACAUACUGUGUUUGGAAGGGUGGUGGGAGGCUUCGAGGCUCUGACAGCCAUGGAGAACAUAGAGGCUGAUCCUAAAACGGAUAAACCCAAGUCUGAGAUCAAGCUGCUGAGUGCCACUGUGUUCGUGGACCCGUAUGAUGAGGCAGAUGCCCAGAUUGCAGCGGAGCGCCAGAAGGAGCUGGACAAGCAGGAGGAGGAUAGAGCUCAGAGCAGUGCGUCUCAGAGGAAGACUAAAGCAGAUCAGACUCCCAAGACCUUCAAGGCUGGCAUUGGGAAAUACAUCAACCCUGUGACCACUACCACCACGAAGCGUCCAGCAGCAGAGGACAGCGGACCGACCAGCAGUGGGGCGACCAGCGGAGCCAAGAAAGCCAAAGGAAAGACUGGCUUUGGGGACUUCAGCUCCUGGUAACUCCAUGGACACACAGCCCCUUGGACACCUUCUGUGUCCCAACCUGUUCCCUAUAUAGGGCACUACUUUAGACCAGCCCCCUAUGGCACCCUGUUCCCUUUAUAGGGCACUACUGUU